UUUCCUUCUUGUAUUGUGACUGUUAUUUCGUUUCCUUUAUUUCAAUAUUGGUAUUUUCCUUUCAUUGUACCCAUGCAGUUUUCAAAACGAUACACUUCACUACACUAUACACAUUGAGACCAGCUUCGGUCAUAGUGUCUUGUGCUACCAGGACUACUUUCUCAAUCUCAUGAUACAGCGCUAGGUAUCCUGUACCAGUCCUGAGAGUGUAUACAAUGCAGAUCAAGGGCUCCUUCUUGCUGGUGUUGGGGGUUUCUAUUCAAUGGGUAUUCGCUGCACCACGGGAUAUUAGAGUUCAGGAGCGCGAUGACUCCGCAGCUCUAUCUUCGACGAUCAGUUCCACGUCACCGUCGAUCUCAAGUAGCGCGAAAGGUCCGCGAAAAAGCAAUGAAAGCCCCACGUCAGCUUCAACCACCACACACUCGCGAAGUACUUCUUCGUCAAUGCCAACUUCAGUGUCAAUGUCAGCGACUCCAUCAACUUCGAGUACAAUGUUGACCUCUGCUGCAUCAUCUUCCUCAAUAAGUGGAUCAGCCACAACUAUCCCUGUCACAGAUUCGGCUUUCAAUUGUAUGAAAUACCUACCUCUCUGUACGUUUUAAUAUACUGACAAGAUAGCAGCUACAAUACCUCCCGGUCAGUUACCUCUCCGGCCGGAAAUCACACCAGCCUUUGCUAUUGCAGGAGUCAUUCUCGUCACUACGGGCGCAUUAAGUACUUUAAUUGGAGUCAAAAACAGAUGGCUACACAUCUCUCUUUCGACAGCUUACCUUGCCAGCCUUGCGAUAACGGUAUUAAUCCUAUAUGUUAUGAAUCUACCUGUUAGCAACGCGGUGCAGGGAGCAUAUGUUGUUGCAGUUGUACUACCUGGGCUCAUAAUUGGAGGAUGCUCAUUGAUAUUUUCAGAGAUGGCCGAGGGCCUCGGAUGUCUUUUAGGAGGAUUCUGUUUCAGCAUGUGGCUACUUGUGAUGAAGACUGGCGGUCUAAUUACCUCAACAAGUGGAAAAUCGGUAUUAAUUGCGGUAAUCAGUAUUGGGGCUUACUCAUUAUCUUUCAGCAAUUACACCAGAACAUAUGGAUUGAUUGCAUGCAUAUCAUUCGCUGGAUCUACAGCCAUCGUUCUCGGAAUCGAUUGUUUUAGUAGAGCAGGCCUGAAAGAAUUUUGGGCUUAUAUUUGGAACUUGAACCAAAAUCUAUUUCCUCUCGGUGCAACUACGUACCCUGUAACAAGGGGAAUUCGUGUCGAGAUUGCCGCAGUUUUUAUUAUAUUCUUAGCUGGUCUAGUGUCUCAGUCAAAGGUACACAAGAUGAUCCAAGAUCGCCGUGCGCAAAGAAUUGAAGAGCGACAAGAAAAUGCCAGGGUUCUAGAAGAGGAGGAAAUGAAUAUAGGAAAAAGAAUUGAGGACCGAAACAUCGCAGAAAAAGAACAAUGGGAGAAAACAUACGGUGAUAACAUUAAAAUCAAAUCCGUAGAUGAAUCAACACGAGAUUCCGGGGUAAGUGAUAUGGAAAGGCCAACACUCAGUCCCGCCAGCACAAUUACUUCCAUCAUGGAGCUCGAUGGGAAAGAGAUUGAAAUGUCCGAUAUAUUUUCGCCUACCCGCUCGAAUGGAACAGGACUUGUUAUGCCUGAUCGAAAAGGACAUGAUGGAGCAGUUACAGUGCGUGUCGCUCGAGAUGUUGAGCCUGAGAGUGAUCAUUCUACGCCAUCGCCUCAACUUAAUCAAGCAUCUAAUGCGUCCCAAACAAUAACAAUUUUGGCUAGCGAUGAAGGUUCUGCUGUUGAAAUUGAUGAGAAAUCUCGACAAGCAACUCGGACUUCCCAGAAACUUCAAAAUGGGACCUCCACUUCGGAAAUCACAGUCGCACCGGAGGUAGUGCCUCUCCCUUUCAAGAUUCCAGAGGAUGAAGUGGAGGAUAAUCGCUCUUCGAUUGCUACUUCUCCAGAUGAAGACAGUAACGGCUGUGCGUUAUUGGAAGAGCUUACUACUCGAUCAAAAAGAGAAUCUCAAGGGGAUUCAAAAGAACAAGGUGUUAACGCACACGAAGAUUUAGUGAUUCCUUAUGCCAAUGAAGAUGACAGGGCGAGUUCCGUCGCAGCAACUAUGGAUGACCUGAGUGACGAUGAAGAUAGGGAGGCAAGAAGUGUGCGCUCAUCAUUUGUGGAUCAAAAAGUAGCGAUGCCGGAUGCAGAAAUUCCUGCAGCUGAAACUCAACAGAACGAGCAAAGUCUGGUAUUGCAGACUGAAACGACAAUUGAACCACCAGCGGAUGCACCUGGACAAACGCUUUCGCUUACUCUAACUGAACCCACUCCAGAAGAUGGGCUUAAUAAAGUUGCCACUGAAAAGCCCGGUAUCGUGCUAAAUUCAGAGUUUCGGCCAGAGUCAGGAAUCACUGUUGCUACUGAUAUCCUCAACGUUCCCGGGGGUCAAACGUUUUUGGAGGAUUCAUUGCCGCAACGGAAGCAUGUAACCGCAAGUGAGGAUCUAACAGCUAUCACGAUAGACCGCGAGGAUGCAGAAAACUUUGAAGCUAACGAGGAUGCUACUGAAUCCAAAUUUAAGACAGAGCCAUCUGUAACAUCCGCACCUGAUACCAAGACUGCGACACUCACGAAAGACCGAUUACCUUCUCAACUUUCAAGGGUCGUCAUGUCAUAUCGUACUAACGAGUGGGCAAAACAUCUAAGUCAUGCAGACUCUCCACAGUUGGAAGACUUGAAUAUCUCUGAGAACAUUCUUGAAGAACACAAAUCAGAACCGGCAGUUCCUGUGGAUAUUGAAGCACUUCAACAAACAGCUCAUGACGCUCUUCCUCCUCCUGCACCGCAUUCAUCUUCCCAGCAAUCGACCUCCCCAGGUUUAACCAGAUCAAGUUCGACCCAAUCAAAUAUCACACCUUUUGCCACAAUACACGAACAUGAUAUUUCGACGCGAAAUUCCUCGCAACAAUCACUGGGAGGUUAUGCAUCGCAACGGCUACCUCGCAAUUCUCCAAAUCCCAAUAUUCCAGAGCUCAUCGUCGAAUCACCCGGAAAAGGAACACGAACUUCACAAAAACACCCUUCUCAAAUGAUUUCUCCUCCAUUUGGAGGUUCUAAUACUUUAAUGGGUAAGCGUGACACAAUGUUACGCAACCGAUCAUCUUAUUUUCCUGCAAUAAAUUGCCCCACACGUUCCAUGACAAGUCCCGGACAAUAUCAAUUAUCACCAUCUGCUUCACCCUCUCAAAUGGAUGAUGAAACCGGGUCAAUUCGUAAUUCCCUCGGUUACCAUCACCUCGGCACUUCAUCACCCAUCCUACCCGAAGACGACGAUAUCCCACUCUCCCACCGUCGCGAACUCAUCCGCCAAUCCACUUCUCAACCCUUGAUCACACCCAAAACAACCUUUAAUUCGCAUCAACCAAAACGAAAAUCGGCAAUUCCAAGCCCUAUGGUGAGAGAACAGCAACUGGCGAGUUGGAGACAGAGUAUAGCGAAUGAUGUGCAAGUGCAGAAAAAAGGGUUAAGGCGGAAAAAUAUAGAAAGUAGGAAGGAAGGAUAGAUGGGAUAGAAGUUAGGAAGGGGAAAGAUGGAGGGAGAGAGUCGGAUGCAGGAUGAGGAAGGGAUUAGAGUGGGAUGGGGAGGAAUUUAUGGUUAAAUUUGAAUGGAAGGAUGGAAGGAUGGAAGGAUGGAUGAUGGGCAAUAGGUGGAUAUCUAGCUCCUGCUAGUUUAGAUAUUGGUGGAGACCUUUUUUUCUUGUAUAUACAUACAU